AUGAGUCGCGGCCGGAUCGCGCCCCACCCGGAGCCGACGUGCUCGCCGUCCACGGGCGAGUACUAUGUCGACGCCUCGGGGGGUGAUCUCCAGGUCGAUGUGUUGAACUGGACGCUAGUCAACGGCGGCCUCGCGCCCAAGUCGUGGACCGACUACCUCUACUUGUCGGUCGGCAGCACUCUCUCCAACGCCGGCGUAAGCGGGCAAGCCUUUCACCACGGACCUCAGAUCAACAAUGUCCACGAGCUCGAUAUGGUCACAGGCAAGGGUGAGCUGAUAACAUGCUCAGAAGAGCAGAACUCAGAGCUGUUCCAUGGAGUUCUCGGUGGUCUGGGACAGUUUGGGAUCAUCAUCAGAGCCCGGAUUGCACUGGAGACAGCUCCUCACGGGGUGAGAUGGAUUCGAGCACUGUACUCCGACUUCGCGGCCUUCACCAGGGACCAGGAGCUCCUCGUCUCGCUCCACAGCGCCCACCGGAGCGAAAGGUUCGACUACAUCGAAGGCUUCGUCAUCAUUGAUAAAGGCCUCAUCAACAACUGGAGGUCGUCCCUCUUCUCCCCCAAGAACCCUGUUAAGCCUGCCUGCGCCGAGUGCCCCGGCUCCAUGCUUGCCGAGGCUCUUCAGCCUUGCUCCUGCGCAGCUAGCCCGGCAGGGCCUUCCCCCUCGGUCGCAGUCCAUCACCGGACCUAUCAACACUACACACAACUCGUGUCGGCACUACCUAGCGUAGACUCCGGCAAUGGCAAACCAAUCUUCUGCUACGACGGCUGGUACAGUUUGUCGUCGGGCAUAAUAGGCACCAUGGUCGCCCAAAAAUACUUCAAAGCUCGCCCUACCGACGUACUAGUCGCCACGAUCCCCAAGUCUGGCACCACAUGGAUGAAAGCCCUCGUCUUCUCCACCGUAAACCGUGGCUCCUGCGUCGACUCCCAACAUGCCUUGGAGUCCUACAAUCCCCAUGAGUACAUCCCCUUCCUUGAACUCCAAAUCUACACCAACAACCGAGUACCUGACCUAAGCAAGCUGCCACCCCCGCGACUCUUCUCCACACACAUCCCCUUCCAUUCCCUACCGCCGUCGGUGGUGGACUCCGACUGCAGAGUCGUGUACUUGUGCCGUAACCCCAAGGACAACUUCAUAUCCUUUUGGCACCACGAAAACUGGGUCAGGACGAGGGCUAACUUAGAACCAUGGACUCUCGAGAAGGCCUUCGACAACUUCUGCAAGGGCUUCUCUUUCUUUGGUCCGUUUUGGGAUCAUGUGCUUGGUUACUGGAAGGCGCACUUGGAAAGGCCUAAGAAGAUAUUGUUCGUGAAGUACGAGGAGCUGCUGCAAGACACAGUAGCUCAGCUGAAGCGGCUGGCGGAGUUCCUUGGCUGCCCCUUCUCAGAGGAUGAGGAGAAGGAAGGGGUGAUCGAUGGCAUCGUGCGGUUGUGUUCCAUGGAGAGCUUAAGCAAUUUGAAGGUGAACAGGUGCGGCACGACGGACUUCGGGUGUUGGACGGUGGACAACAGCCUCUUCUUCAGACGCGGUGUGGUGGGGGAUUGGCUGGAUCAUCUCACGCCCGAGAUGGCCGAUCGAUUGGAUGAGAUGACGAAGGAGAAAUUUGCUGGUUCUGGUUUGAUGUUCUAAGGCACAUAUCUUGUAAGAAUAAUAUAUAUUGAAACUUAUGUUGGAUCUUAAUUCAAGAAAUGGAUUUGGAGGCAGGUAAUU